AUGUCGUUCCCUGCUCCCACCAAGACCUACCGUAUGCAGCCGUAUGCCGCCAUCUCCCCAUCUCGCCCAGAACUCUCGACCAAAGGCAAAAGCGCCUUCAUCUCAGGCGGCGGCGCGGGUAUCGGCGCCUCCAUCGCCAAAUCUCUCGCAAAGUCCGGAAUCGCAAGUCUCGGCCUCCUCGGACGAACGAUCAAGUCCCUUGAAGAGACCAAAGUCGCCAUCGAAGCCUUGAACACAGAGGCAAAGGUGUUCCUCUACACCGUCGACGUCACAGACUCAAAGGCAACCACCGACGCCGUCGCCUCCUUCGCAAGUUCGGUUCACGGAGGAAAGAUUGACAUCCUCGUCGCCAACGCAGCCUACAUGUCCGACCUCAAAACUAUCACUGACUCAGACCCCGAGGACUGGUGGCGCGCCUUCGAGAUUUCUAUCCGCGGCAACUUCAACCUCCUCCGCGCAUUCCAGCCCGUCGCAGCCUCAAACGCCGCCGUGAUUCAUAUCUCCACCGCUGCAAUCCAUCUCCCCUAUAUGUUUGGCUACUCUUCUUACCGCGCCUCCAAGAGUGGUGCGACCAAAUUAUUUGAAUAUUUCCGCGACGAGAACCCCGGCUUCUUCGUCUUGCAGGUGCACCCUGGUCUCAUUGGCGGCACGGUCAUGUCGGAGAAGUUUGCGCCGACUGUGGAGAACUUGGGGUUGACUUAUGAUGAUAUUGCGCUUCCUGGGGACUUUGUCGUAUGGGCUCUCAGCGAGGAGGCCAAGUUCCUGCAUGGGCGGUUUGUUCACGCCAACUGGGAUGUCGAGGAGCUGAUGGCGCUGAAGGAGAGUGUUGAGAAGGAUCAGAAUCGGUUCACUAUUGGGCUGCAGGGCUGGUAUUAG